GGGGCCCUGGUUUCCUUUUCUGGCCUGGGAGCGAGGUCAUGGGGCCAUUGCCUCACCAGGAUCAUGAGGGGCCCGGCACGGGCGCUCACAUGCUCCUCAUGUGGACUUCUUCUCUUAAAGGGUGGACCCUCCUCAGCCAGCUUCCUGUCUGGCCAGAGGAGGAAGCUGGAGGCCAGGCUGGGCCCUCCCCGCUCUGCCACUGUAGCAGCUCAAAUGUUGACGGUUCCAGCCUAUCUCUCCGGUGGGCAGGGCUGUGCAUGGGUGAGAGCUCCCUGUUCCUCAGUUGGCAGGGCAGGACCAGAAAGGCUGAUGAGCAAACAAAGCUCCUCAUGCAUCUUGCCUGAGGGACAGAAAGCUUGGAUAGAAAAAACCUUCUGCAAGAGAGAAUGUGUCUUUGUAAUUCCCAGCACUAAAGACCCUAACAGGUGUUGUUGUGGCCAGCUUACCAACCAGCAUAUCCCCCCUCUGCUAAGUGUAACAUCCAGCAAAAAUGAAGAGGAAAAUAAACAGGUGGAGACUCAGCCCGAAAAAUGGUCUGUCAGCAAACACACCCAGAGCUAUCCAACAGAUUCCUAUGGAACUCUUGAAUUCCAGGGUGGUGGAUACUCCAAUAAAGCCAUGUAUAUCCGUGUAUCCUAUGACACCAAGCCAGAUUCGCUGCUUCAUCUCAUGGUUAAAGACUGGCAGCUGGAACUCCCCAAGCUCUUAAUAUCUGUGCAUGGAGGCCUCCAGAACUUUGAGAUGCAACCCAAGCUGAAACAGGUCUUUGGAAAAGGUCUGAUCAAAGCCGCCAUGACCACUGGGGCCUGGAUUUUCACUGGGGGCGUCAGUACCGGUGUUAUCAGCCACGUAGGGGAUGCCUUAAAAGACCACUCCUCCAAAUCCAGAGGUCGGGUUUGUGCUAUAGGAAUUGCUCCGUGGGGCAUCGUGGAAAACAAGGAAGACCUGGUUGGAAAGGAUGUAACGAGAGUGUACCAGACUAUGUCCAACCCCCUAAGCAAGCUCUCUUUGCUCAACAACUCACACACUCACUUCAUCCUGGCCGACAAUGGCACCCUGGGCAAAUACGGUGCCGAGGUGAAGCUGCGGAGGCAGCUGGAGAAGCACAUCUCUCUGCAGAAAAUUAACACAAGGCUGGGACAGGGUGUGCCUGUCGUGGGCCUGGUGGUGGAAGGAGGCCCUAAUGUGGUUUCCAUUGUCUUGGAAUAUCUCCGAGAAGACCCUCCAGUCCCCGUGGUGAUUUGUGAUGGCAGUGGGCGAGCCUCGGACAUUCUGUCUUUUGCACACAAGUACUGUGAAGAAGGAGGGAUAAUAAAUGAAUCCCUCAAGGAUCAGCUUCUAGUUACCAUUCAGAAAACAUUUAAUUACAACAAGACACAAUCUCAUCAGCUGUUUGCAAUUAUAAUGGAGUGCAUGAAAAAGAAAGAACUCGUCACCGUGUUUAGAAUGGGUUCUGAGGGUCAGCAAGACAUCGAGAUGGCAAUUUUAACGGCCUUGUUGAAAGGGACAAAUGCAUCAGCCCCGGACCAGCUGAGCUUGGCACUGGCUUGGAACCGCGUCGACAUAGCACGAAGCCAGAUCUUUGUCUUUGGGCCCCACUGGCCGCCCCUGGGAAGCCUGGCGCCCCCCACCGAUAACAAAGUGACGGAGAAGGAAAAGAAGCCACCUACAGCAACCACCAAGGGGGGAAGAGGGAAAGGAAAAGGCAAGAAGAAGGGGAAAGUGAAAGAGGAGGUGGAGGAAGAAACUGACCCCCGGAAGAUCGAGCUGCUGAACUGGGUGAAUGCUCUGGAGCAAGCCAUGCUGGAUGCUUUAGUCUUAGAUCGGGUUGACUUCGUGAAGCUCUUGAUUGAAAAUGGAGUGAACAUGCAGCACUUUCUCACCAUUCCGAGGCUGGAAGAGCUUUACAACACAAGGCUGGGUCCACCAAACACGCUUCAUUUGCUGGUGAGGGAUGUAAAAAAGGGCAACCUGCCACCAGAUUACCACAUCAGCCUCAUUGACAUAGGUCUUGUGCUGGAGUACCUCAUGGGUGGGGCUUACCGCUGCAACUACACUCGGAAGAGCUUUCGGACCCUUUACAACAACUUAUUUGGACCUAAGAGGCCUAAAGCUCUUAAACUUCUAGGAAUGGAAGAUGAUGAGCCUCCAACCAAAGGGAAGAAAAAGAAAAAGAAGAAGAAGGAGGAAGAGAUCGACAUUGAUGUGGAUGACCCUGCUGUGAGUCGGUUCCAGUACCCCUUCCACGAGCUGAUGGUGUGGGCCGUGCUGAUGAAACGCCAGAAAAUGGCGGUCUUCCUCUGGCAGCGAGGCGAGGAGAGCAUGGCCAAGGCCCUGGUGGCCUGUAAACUCUACAAGUCCAUGGCCCACGAGUCCUCUGAGAGCGAGCUGGUAGAUGACAUCUCCCAGGAUUUGGACAACAAUUCAAAAGACUUCGGCCAGCUUGCCGUGGAGUUGUUAGACCAGUCCUAUAAGCACGAUGAGCAGAUCGCCAUGAAACUGCUGACCUAUGAGCUGAAGAACUGGAGCAACUCCACCUGCCUCAAGCUGGCAGUGGCGGCCAAACACCGGGACUUCAUCGCUCACACCUGCAGCCAGAUGCUGCUGACAGACAUGUGGAUGGGAAGGCUGCGAAUGAGGAAAAACCCCGGCCUAAAAGUUAUAAUGGGGAUUCUUCUUCCCCCCACCAUCUUGUUUUUGGAAUUUCGCACAUAUGAUGACUUCUCAUAUCAGACAUCCAAGGAAAAUGAAGAUGGCAAAGAAAAAGAAGAGGAAAAUGUGGAUGCCAAUGCAGAUGCUGGUUCAAGAAAGGGCGAUGAGGAGAAUGAGCACAAAAAGCAAAGAAGCAUUCCCAUUGGAACAAAGAUCUGUGAAUUCUAUAACGCUCCCAUUGUCAAGUUCUGGUUUUACACAAUAUCGUACUUGGGUUACCUCCUGCUAUUCAACUAUGUCAUCCUGGUGCGGAUGGACCGCUGGCCUUGUCUCCAGGAGUGGAUUGUCAUCUCCUACAUCGUGAGCCUGGCAUUAGAGAAAAUACGAGAGAUCCUCAUGUCAGAACCAGGAAAACUCAGCCAGAAAAUAAAAGUUUGGCUUCAAGAGUACUGGAACAUCACGGAUCUUGUGGCCAUUUCCAUGUUCAUGAUUGGAGCAAUCCUUCGCCUACAAAAGCAGCCAUACAUGGGCUAUGGUCGAGUGAUCUACUGUGUGGAUAUCAUCUUCUGGUACAUCCGUGUCCUGGACAUCUUUGGUGUCAACAAGUAUCUGGGGCCUUAUGUGAUGAUGAUUGGAAAGAUGAUGAUUGACAUGCUGUAUUUUGUGGUCAUCAUGCUGGUUGUGCUGAUGAGUUUUGGAGUAGCCCGUCAAGCCAUUUUGCACCCAGAUGAGGAGCCUUCUUGGAGACUGGCCCGAAACAUCUUCUACAUGCCCUACUGGAUGAUCUAUGGAGAGGUGUUUGCAGACCAGAUAGACCGUAAGAAUAGAAUUCAUAUCUACGCCAUGGAAAUUAAUCCUCCUUGUGGUGAAAACCAGUAUGAUGAGGAAGGCAAGCGGCUCCCUCCCUGUAUCCCAGGCGCCUGGCUCACACCGGCCAUCAUGGCGUGCUACCUACUAGUAGCCAACAUCCUGCUGGUGAACUUGCUCAUUGCAGUUUUCAACAAUACCUUCUUUGAGGUAAAGUCAAUAUCCAACCAGGUGUGGAAAUUCCAACGAUAUCAGCUGAUAAUGACAUUUCAUGACCGACCAGUCCUACCUCCACCAAUGAUCAUUUUAAGCCACAUCUAUAUAAUCAUUAUGCGUCUUAGCGGUCGCUGUAGGAAGAAAAGAGAAGGGGACCAAGAUGAACAGGAUCGUGGAUUGAAACUAUUUCUCAGUGACGAGGAGCUGAAGAGGCUGCAUGAGUUCGAGGAACAGUGUGUUCAGGAACACUUUCAGGAGAAGGAAGACGAGCAGCAGUCGUCCAGCGACGAGCGCAUCCGUGUCACAUGCGAGAGAGUUGAAAAUAUGUCAAUGAGAUUGGAAGAAAUCAACGAAAGAGAAAAUUUUAUGAAAACUUCCCUACAGACCGUGGACCUUCGCCUUUCUCAACUGGAAGAACUGUCGAACAGGAUGGUGAAUGCUCUUGAAAAUCUCACAGGAAUUGACAAGUCCGACCUGAUCCAGACGCGGUCCCGAGCUUCUUCUGAAUGUGAUGCAACUUACCUUCUAAGACAAAGCAGUAUCAAUAGCGCCGAUGGUUAUAGCUUGUAUAGAUAUCAUUUUAACGGAGAGGAGUUGCUGUACGAGGAUCUCUCAAUGUCACCAGGGACAGGAUUCAGGAGGAAAGCCUGCUCCUUCCGGAUGAAGGAAGACAAGGAGUCAAAAAUGCAUCUAGUACCAGAGUGUCAAGAUAGCCUUCACCUUUUAUCCAGCACAAGCCCACCAGCAACACCUGACUGCAGUCAACUUGCAGUAGACGACAUAAAGAACUCUUCAGAGCUGAAAUUAGGUCCAGAUAUUGGGAUCUCAGCCGAAGACGAUGGAAAGCAGGCAGACUCUAAAAGGGAAGAAACCAUUCCCCCAAGUGUAAAUCAAACAGAUGUUAUGCAUGGACAGAACAAAUCAGAUUUUCAGAACCGUCAGCUAACAGUGGAGACAACACAGAUAGAGGGCACAAUUUCCUAUCCCCUACAAGAAGCAAAACUGACACGCUAUCAUCCUGAUGAAACGUUCAGUGCUUAUAAAACAAUGAAGUCCAGAAGCUUUGUAUAUUCCCGUGGACGAAAACUGGUCAGCGGGGUUAGCAACAGGAGUACAGAAUACAGUUCAAUCAUGGACCCAGCAGGACCCUCUACAGUUCAACACUGGACGACAGAAUGGAAAUAUCAAGUUCAAAAGAUCACACGUUCUCGAAGUACAGAUAUCCCUUACAUUGUGUCAGAAGCUGCAAUGCAAGCCGAGCAUAAAGAGCAAAUUACAGACACUGAAGAUGAAAACUGUGUUUCUGAAAUAGCCCCUCAAAUCUCUCAUUUAUCUCUAAAUGUAACUGACAGAACUGAAAAGGAAAAUUUACUGUCUGUGAAGCCAGACCAAACUAUGGGAUUUCCAUCCUUAAGGUCAAAGAGUUUACAUGGCCAUCCUAGGAAAGCUAAAGCCAUUCAGGGCACACUAGACAGAUCUGGACACGCCAGCAGUGUAAGUAACUUAGUGGUUGUGUCUGGAAUUACAGCAGAAGAGCAGAAGGCUAACCAAGAGAAAACUUCCACAGAAACUCAAUGCUAACAUGUUUUGUUCCUUUGAUUUUUAAAUCAAAACCAUUGAUGAAUACCACCUUGGUCAUCUAACAUCAUCAAUUUCUGAAAACAUUUUCAUCAUAAAUGUUUGGCAGUUUGGACUUAAGAUUUAAAAUUUAAUUCAGUAAACGUAAAGUAUUAUUUUGCUAGCAUAUGUUAGUAAACUUAAGUUGUUUUUAGUUGGAGUAGCAUCAGAUGAAAGUGACAAUAUUCCAGUCAAGAUAAAUUGCUUAAUCAGUAAAAGUUUCUCUAAUCUCUUUUAUUUCUGAGGGUCACCUAGUAGCCUAAGAAAUGCCUUUGGGUGCCACCAAUAGGUUACUAAAGCAGUGAGCCACUAUGUAAGAAAGAAAAAUGAAAAGAGAAAGCAAAUAUGAAAAAAGAAAAAAAGGAGUGGGAGAGAAGAAAAAAUUGUGAGGUACAAGAACUGGAAAUGAGUCAUUAGCAUCAUUUUUUUAUGGGUUUUUGUUUUCUGUUUUAACGUUUUAUGUUUUACAAUAAUAACACAGUGAAGACAAAAAGUACACAAUUAUAUCAAAGAUCACAUUGUAAUAGUUUAGGGUGACCAAGAGUUUUGUUAAUGUGUAAAAAUAAAGUAUCCAGUGUGCAUUUUCCUGUUGUCAUGGAGUCCUUGAAAGCAAAAACAAAUAAACUGUACCUCUGUCUAUUCAA